AUGCAGUCGAACUCUCAAGCUCAGCCUCUAGCCUUGGCUGGCAAGGUCGCCAUCGUGACAGGAGGGUCGCGGGGUAUCGGAGCUGCCAUCGCCCUAGAGCUCGCUAGGCGCGGAGCCAAGGUAGCUAUUACGUUUGUGUCUCCCAGCAGUGAGUCAUUGGCAGACCAGAUUAUCGAAACCAUAAACAACCUGGGCCACGGUGCUUCUGCCGUUAAAGUUCAGGCGGAUAUGCGCAGCCUUGAAUCGCCAAAAAAAAUUAUCAAGGAAGCGACCAAUGCGUUUGGAGAAUCAAUCGAUAUUCUCGUUAAUAAUGCCGGCAUGGAGUUUGGGAAACCACUCGGGGAAAUUGGUGUUGAGGAAUACACACAGGUUCUGGACGUCAAUCUUCGCAGUGUCGUUUUCAUGACGCAGGCUGUGCUCCCCAAUCUCCGCAGCCCAGGCCGGAUAAUAAAUAUUGGAUCUGUUCUAGGACGUAUUGGUUACCCAGGAGUGAGUAUUUACUCGGCGACAAAGGUAGCAUUGGAAGCUCUAUCCCGUGGCUGGGCGUCGGAGCUAGGUGCUUCUAGCCACACAGUGAACGUGGUUGCUCCCGCACUUACCGAGACAGAUAUGAUGGCUCGGUCUGCCGGAUCGGAGCAAGUUCUGGAAAUGCAAAAGAAAAUGACUCCUAUGGAGCACAGACUUGGGAAAGCGGAGGAUAUUGCCCUCGCUGUGGCAAUGUUAGCGGAGCCAUCGAGCAGAUGGAUCACUGGACAAACCAUCCAGGCUGGUGGAGGCAUCUACAUGUCGUGA